AUGUCGACACCUUCAACGGCCACGGCGACCCAUCCUACCCAUCACCAACAACACUACGGUUACCCCCAUCAUCAAACCUACCAACCAAAUGUAUCGUAUCCGACCACGUCUGCCGCAGGAACCUCUCGCCUGGCCACCGCCGCUUAUCCUUACGCCGUCAACUCUUCAACCGCUACUCUUCCCUACGCUCAAUCUCCGAAGGUCGCAGCCACAGCGACGACUGCUACGAUGACGACGACGACAAUGUCUUCGAUCCACAACGAUGUCGCCACGGUGACAUCGGCACAGAAUGGGAGGCGGAAAAAACCGGACUGGGGCGAGUUUUACAAGAAUGGCAUUCCAAAGGAGGUUAUUGUCAUUGAUGACACUCCUCCGCCAGAGCAAGCCAAGGGCUCCUCUCGUGGCUAUGCGACGUCCUCGGCCGUGACGGUCUCCAACGGCAAUGUGCCUCACCCUGCGGGUAAGAAACGGCGCACGGGAAUCGAAACAGCCUACGACGUAGGAUACUAUGACCGUCCCUCAUACUCAAUCAACCCUCAUCAUUACGGUGAUGAUUCAUCGGCCGCCUCGCUCUCAACAGACCGGACAGCGUCCCUACAUACCACUGCGCCCACCUCCCUCUCCCAGGGCAGUUCGGGUGCCAGCAAUGGCAUCUUUUACGAAGAUGCCAACGUUGGUCAGAAGAGGAAGCGGGUGACGACCCGCAAGACUGUUCGCGAUGAGCAGAAACGACGGGAGUUGGAAAACGCUGGGGAUGCGUUUUUGAGCUACAUCCCCCCUCCCAAGCCACCUAUCAAAGCCAAGGACGUGCCGGUGCCGGUUGUUCGGGAUUAUUCCAGCAGAUCCGAGAAAUUUGACGACGAUGAUGGGCAUUAUAUUGUGAAUCCGAAUACUCAAUUAACAGACCGAUACACAAUCAUCAAGCUCCUAGGACAAGGAACAUUUGGAAAGGUAGUGGAAGCGUAUGAUAAACAUCGCAAGACUCGCUGCGCAGUGAAGAUCAUCCGAUCUAUCCAGAAAUACCGUGAUGCGUCCCGGAUUGAACUCCGGGUGCUAUCAACUCUGGCAUCGAAUGAUAAACAGAACCGGAACAAGUGCAUCCAUCUGCGGGACUGUUUCGACUACCGCAGUCAUAUUUGCAUCGUCACUGAUCUGUUGGGGCAAAGUGUCUUUGAUUUCUUGAAAGGCAACGGCUUCGUUCCCUUCCCAAGCAGUCAGAUUCAAAAUUUUGCCCGACAGCUUUUCACUAGUGUUGCCUUCCUCCACGAUCUUAACCUCAUCCACACCGACCUGAAGCCUGAGAAUAUCCUUCUCGUCAACAAUGCGUAUCAAACAUUUACGUACAACCGGACCAUUCCAUCCUCUUCUCAUGCCAUCUCUCGGAGUGCACGUCAGAGACGUGUGCUUUUGGACAGUGAAAUCCGCUUGAUCGAUUUUGGCUCGGCUACUUUCGAUGAUGAGUAUCACUCGUCCGUCGUAUCCACCCGACAUUAUCGGGCGCCAGAGAUUAUAUUAAAUCUUGGCUGGAGUUUUCCCUGUGAUAUUUGGAGUAUCGGCUGCAUCCUCGUCGAGUUUUUCACCGGCGAUGCACUUUUCCAAACCCAUGAUAAUCUUGAGCAUCUUGCAAUGAUGGAAGCUGUCAUUGGGGACAGGAUUGAUACCCGACUCGUGAGGCAGGUGAUGCAGGGUGGUCGAAGUGGGAGCCAAAACCAGUCAGCCAAGUAUUUUAUCCGGAACCGACUUGACUAUCCUAACGAGGAAACUACACGUGCAUCGCGGAAGUAUGUGAGAGCGAUGAAGCAGCUGACAGAAUUUAUUCCUACCAAUAACAAAUUCCACCAGCUAUUCCUAGACCUUUUACAACGCAUCUUUGUUUAUGACCCAAAAAGCCGCAUCACAGCCAAGGAAGCUCUUAAGCAUCCCUGGUUCAAGGAAUCUCUGGUCGAUGAUGGCACGGAAGCCCUGCGGAUCGGGGAACAGUUGCAGCGCAACACCCAACGUCGCUGA